AUGUCACGAGCCGGCGAAAGACCUAACCAAGCGCAGACGUACAAACUUGUCGUUGUUGGCGGCGGUGGCGUGGGGAAAAGUGCAAUUACAAUACAAUUUAUUCAGAGUUACUUCGUAACAGAUUAUGACCCUACCAUUGAGGAUAGUUACACAAAGCAGUGUGUUAUUGAUGAUGUGCCAGCUAAAUUGGACAUUCUCGACACUGCCGGCCAAGAGGAGUUCAGUGCUAUGCGGGAACAAUACAUGAGGUCUGGUGAGGGUUUCCUCCUGGUGUUCUCCGUAGCAGACCACGCGAGCUUCGACGAACUGUACAAGUUUCACAAACAGAUCCUCCGUGUCAAAGACAGAGACGAGUUCCCGAUGCUGCUGGUGGGGAACAAGGCGGACUUGGAAAUUCAGCGAGUGGUUUCAUUGGAAGAAGCACAAUCUUUAUCACGCCAACUUAAGGUACCCUACAUUGAAUGCAGUGCGAAGGCCCGGAUGAACGUUGACCAGGCCUUCCACGAGCUCGUCAGACUAGUCCGCCGCUUCCAGGAGGCAGAACGUAUCAACAUUAAGUCAGACUAUAGCACAAAGAAGAAGAAUAAGUGCACCAUCUUGUAA